AUGUCAGAAGCGGAAAUAAAAGAUCGAGUUGCAGCGAAUUUCAAAAGAGCAUUCAUCCAAGCCACAAACGGAUGCGGACGACAAAUGUGUUUAAACAAAUACUGCAAUCAGAUAAGAAAAGGAUUCUGAACUAACCCAAACCUGACCGCUUUAAAUCUCUUAAACAUUGCAAAACAAGCUCCUGAUGGAGAUCUAGAAAAAUCGACUGACUUUAUAUUCUGCGAAACUUUUACCCCUUAUUUUUCUGCGUCAGAACUAAUAAAUCAAGACCCGCAAACUAUUUUUGACGUAUUUAGUGAUAUUUCAUCUUUAGGCCUAAGCUUCUAUAUUAAUGAAAAUAUUACUGAGACUAAUCCAAACGUUGAUUGGGUCGGAUUUCAUGAAAUUCUUUCAAAAAUGAAUGGACUUGUACAGAAAGGAGUUUUGCCGAAAAAUUGGCUAAUGGGUGCUGUAAAGAAAUACUCACUGACAACUUAUAGAAAUCUUUAUUACCCACGUGUAGCUUUGAUGCUUCUGACAGUCCCAGAAGGUUUAGAAAUCGAUAACUACCACGUUCUUAUAUUUCUCAAUGCGGUUUUAUGCAGUUCUCCACAAUUAUUAGAAAAUUUUUCACACCUUAUUGACACAUUAGAUUCUAGAAUCCUACAAGUUAUUUUAUGGCAUCUCCAACAAUUCAUAUCUCUUCGUAUCCUAAGAAACCUUAGAAAUAAAGACCUUUUAGAGAUUUCCUGGGCUAUAAGAGUUAUGGAGACAAUUUACAAUUCAAAUGAAAAAUACAAAAGAAUUAAUUAUCAAGAAUUUUACAAUGAAGUUGUCAAUAAAGAAAUUAACCUAAAAAAUGAAUAUAAAUAUUGAACAAAACAGAGAAAAAAUAAAAAUAAACCGAAUUUUGACAAAGAAUUUACAUUUGCAAGCUAUCCAUGGAUUUUUGAUUCAAAUUCAAAAUCAAUAUUUCUGCAGCUUGAAAGCAAAGAGCAAAUGCUGCGAGAAAUUGAAAUGGGCUCAUUAAUGUACGUGCUUGGGCUUGAUGACCCUUUUAUUCAUCUAGAAAUCCGCAGAGAUAAUUUAAUAGAAGACGCAUUGACAAGACUAAGCAGCGGAGAUUUAAAUAUCAAAAAGCCUUUGAAAGUCCACUUUGUAGGCGAAGAUGGUGUAGAUGAAGGCGGAGUCCGCAAAGAAUUCUUUCAAUUGAUCAUAAAAGAAUUAUUCGGCCCUGGCUUCGCUAUGUUUAACUAUUAUGAAAGCCAAAGGCUGCUUUGGCUCAAUCCAAACACACUUGAGCCAAAUACAAGUUUUGAACUUAUAGGCAAAAUCUUGGGGAUGGCUAUAUACAAUUCCAUCAUCCUCGACCUUCAUCUACCACUAACUCUCUAUAAGAAAAUUCUUAACAAGGCUACAUCUAUUGAAGAUUUACGAGAAUUUGACCCUGAUUUAGUCAAAGGGCUAGAGCAGCUAUUGGAAUUUGAAGGAAACGUGGAAGAAACCUUCUGCAGAACUUUUACCGUCGAAACCUUUUCUUUUGGACAUCCAAUCAUCCAAGAGCUAAUACCAGGAGGCAGCUCAAUUCUUGUUACCCAAGAAAACAAGGCUGAAUAUGUAGAGAAAUAUGCAAACUGAUGGCUUAACGACGGAAUUAAAGACAAAUUCGAAGCUUUUAGGCGUGGAUUUCUGAAAGUAUGUGGAGGAGAAGUCAUUCAAUGGUUCAAGCCAGAAGAGCUUGAGCUACUUAUUUGUGGAAACCCAGUGCUGGAUUUCCAUGAAUUAGAAAAAGUCACUGAAUAUGAAGGAUACUCAAGAGACUCAGAAACCAUUCAGAUGUUCUGGGAAGUAGUCCAUUCAUUUAACGAGAACCAAAAGAAGCAGUUUUUGAAAUUUGUGACAGGGUCUGAUAGAGCGCCAAUUAAUGGACUUGGGUCAAUGAAAUUUGUGGUGUCAAGAAAUGGGGGAGACUCAGAAAGGCUGAUGACUGCCAUGACUUGUUAUAAUCAUUUAUUGUUGCCAGCGUAUGGGAAUAUAGAAAGGAUGAGGAGAUUGGUAUUGCUAGCAAUAGAAAACGCUGAAGGAUUUGGGUUAAGAUAA